UAGUACGGUUCAGGGAGUGCAGACUAUUUGCCUUAUCCGGCAUCCUACACGCAUGCCAACGCAAUGUUUUGUGUGUAGGUCUAGACCUAGACCUAUGUGUAAAGUUUCUAUUGGUGAGCUGAGCUGUACUAAUUGCCUGUAAACGUUGCCUGUAUCAGCCUGUAGCCCAGUGUUUGUAAGUCCUAUUUGAUAUUGUUGUGGCCUUGUGUUUGCAUUGUAGUACUUGAGCACUAGGUGAACUACUUCUCAGCGAUGAUCCUCCAACGUGUUUUCUAUUCACUUGCCCUGGUUGGGAUAUUCAAGGUGGUCACAGGAGGGCGUUCUUCCACCGGGGGCAGCAAAGUAGAUCCAUCUGAUGGGGCUGUACCGUGGCCUGGACACCUAGAACCAUUAGGAGCAAAGGCUGUCAAAAAAACAGUUCCUGUUUUAGAAAGCUUCCCUUCUCCUAAGACAUUCUACGUGGAUUACAUCUUGGCGUCAUUACCAGUGGUCUUCCAGAAUGGGGCCAAACUGUCCCCAGCCUUCAAGACCUGGUCUGACAGGGAUCUUGGACUUAGACCAGAGGCAGAGACAACACUCAUCGAUGUUGAAACCAGGAAGAAAGAAGAUCGCAAGCAGCCUACGCAGAGGAUGAAGUUUACUGAGUUUCUGGAGCGAUAUGAGACAGAAGAUGAAUACAUGGUAGAUUCAUUGCCAGAAUUUCUCAGGGGAGAUGUUAUUGUACCUCCGCCGUUGGUCUGUGAUGAAAUACUACAAAGAAUAGCUGAUGUGGUUAUGUGGUUCAGCAGUGGGGGUACCAAGUCACUCCUUCAUAAUGAUGAUACAGAUAAUAUCAACUGCCUCUUUAGUGGACAGAAAGAAAUCCUUUUUCUCAACUACACACAGUAUAGACAUCAGUUUCAUCUUGAUCACCCAGAAGGGAGCUAUUCCAGUGUUGAUGUGGACAAGGUAGAUAUGAUCAAAUAUCCUGGCUUGAGGAAUGUUGAGUUCUACAAGGCGAAACUAUUUCCUGGUGAUUGUAUUUAUAUUCCAUAUAAAUGGAUGCACCAGGUGAACUCUAUCGGUCGUAAUAUUGCGGUUAAUGUUUGGUUUGACCAUUCCUGCGAGCAUGUACCGACUCCAGAGAUUUGUGGUGCUACCGAUAGGAAGCUGUCCAUAGCUGAUGUUCAGCUGGGCAUGGAGAAACCACUGGGAUUUGUAGAAGACUUUGAAGAGGACGCACCCCCAUUAGAUAAAGAGUUAGUCAAAACUCUGAGAAAUGAAAAAUUAUCACAUUUUUCUCAACAAGACUUCACUGUUGUAUUGCAAAAAAGGUUCCCAAUGUUGAAUGGCCUGAUAUGGACUGACGAGUGCGAUGAACUCUCUCAAGAAGCAUUUGGAUUGAUGGACUUGACUAAAGAUGGUAUACUGGACAAAGAGGAUUUUACAAGACUUAAAGAUAUGGAUGACAUAUUCCGUUUCCAACUAGAUUCCAAACUAUUAAUGCUCUCUGACAUAGGGCAUGAGCAGCAGGUACAGGAGAGACUGCGACUUUACGAGAUGGACAUGAAGAAGAAGCCAGCAGCAUAUGAGGAUCCAAAUGUUCAAAUUCACCAUGUAGAGCCUCUCAAUCUAGAUGAUAUUGACUGGGGAGAUGAUGAGAAGAAAGAUGUUAAAAAAACAGAUGGCGAGAAGAAAAAGGAUGGUGUGAAAAAGGAAGAAAAGAAAGUGGAGGAUAGCCAAAAGGAGGAGAAGAAGUCGGCUGAUGAAGAAAUCAAACAUCCUGAAGAAGAUGGUGAUUCAGGUGUGGAUCUGAGAGUUGAACUGUAGAUGCUGAUUUUAUACAACCUAUUCAUGCAAAUAAGUUUGUUAUACCAAGCUAUCAGCUUAAAAUCAACCUGUGUGCAUCUAUCAUAUUCAAUCUAAUGGUUCCUUUAUAAUAGGUGCACACAGACUCAUCAAGAAGUAUAGAUCUUACAACCAGCGAAUGAAGACAUGUUUAAUUUGCUCUAUACAUUCAGUCUACUAGAUCUUUCAUCUUUGUUAUCUUUUUUAAAGGAUACUGUAGCGAAUAUACAAGUAACAACUAAAUUAUGCAUACCCUUACCAAGUUUCAUAAUUUGUUCAAUUAUGUUAAAACUUGAUUUGUCCCAAAUUAUGUUUCUUGAGAAUGAGACAUAAUAAAGCUUACAUCUAAAACUAUUCAACAAAGGCACUAAUUCAAUAAGUUCACCUUCCAUUUCUGAGUUACAUCAAAUGUACUAAUAGCUUGUAAUUUAGUUGUCAACUCUCUCAAGGUCAGUAGGUCCACAUGUAGUAUAACUGCAUCUACUUCUACACACAUAUUGCAUGCUGUAUCUUUACCAGAUGUUAGCACUUACCAACUCUGUGAACUACCUUUAAGUCCUUAUUACUUGGUUAGGUUCUAUAACUGGUCUGUUUCAUAAUCGUAAUGGACAGCUGCAUGCUUAGUUCUGAAUGCAUUCACCUGUACAGGAUGAGUAUGUUAAAUAUAAGCUUUUUCUUAUCAUUUUACUUUAAAGAUAAGUGGACCUUACUUGGAGGUAUUUCCAAAAAAAAAAUCACUGUGAAUUGGUGGUUAGAAAAUGAGUGCCUUCCUUAUAACAAGAUGGUGCUGUAAUAAUGAUGAGUGCAUGCUUUAUAUGAAUAAAUUAUCAAUCACUUA